AUGUCGGAAUCAAACGAUAUAGAUGUGGAUCGUCUGCCACCACAAGAAGAGAAACAACAGGCACAACAAUCUUCACAAGGACACGAGAAUCAUAACCACCACCACCACCAUCACCACCAUCACCACCACCAACAACAGCAACAGCAACAACAACAACAAAAACCACCACCUCCGCCACUUGACCCAAAUGCUAACCCCGCUAACAGAAUUGGAAAAUAUCAGGUUCUAAAAACCUUAGGUGAAGGUUCGUUUGGUAAAGUGAAAUUAGCUCAACAUCUCACCACCGGUCAACGAGUCGCUCUUAAGAUCAUUAAUCGUAAGACUUUGGCUAAAUCAGACAUGCAAGGUCGUGUAGAGCGUGAAAUUAGCUACUUGCGUUUAUUGAGACAUCCACACAUCAUCAAACUUUACGACGUCAUCAAGUCGAAAGAUGAUAUAAUCAUGGUUAUCGAAUUUGCUGGGAAAGAGUUGUUUGAUUAUAUUGUGCAAAGAGGUAAGAUGCCCGAAGACGAAGCCAGAAGGUUCUUUCAGCAAAUCAUUGCCGCAGUAGAAUAUUGUCAUCGUCACAAGAUUGUGCAUCGAGAUUUAAAACCUGAGAAUCUCUUGCUUGACGACCAGUUGAAUGUCAAGAUUGCUGAUUUUGGAUUAAGUAAUAUCAUGACUGAUGGUAACUUUCUCAAGACAAGUUGUGGAUCGCCAAACUAUGCUGCUCCAGAAGUCAUAUCUGGAAAGUUGUAUGCUGGUCCUGAGGUAGAUGUGUGGUCUUCAGGUGUGAUUUUAUAUGUCAUGCUUUGUGGAAGAUUGCCAUUUGAUGAUGAAUUUAUCCCAGCAUUAUUUAAAAAGAUUAGUAAUGGUGUUUAUACAUUACCAAACUAUCUUAGUCCAGGUGCAAAACAUUUGUUGACCAGAAUGCUUGUUGUUAAUCCGUUGAACAGAAUCACGAUCCAUGAGAUUAUGGAAGAUGAGUGGUUCAAGCAAAAUAUGCCUGACUACUUGUUGCCUCCCGAUUUGAGCAAGAGCAGAUACAAUAAAAUUGAUAUUGAUGAAGAUGUGAUUAGUGCUUUGACAAUUACUAUGGGGUACGAUAGAGACGAGGUUAUUAGUGUCAUUAACAAGAGUAAUGAACAUAGACACCCACAGGAACAGAGCAAUGAAAUCCUUGAUGCUUAUUUGUUGAUGAAAGAAAACCAUACUAUGGUUAAUGACUUGAAAAAGAGCAAAUCAGAAAAUGUUGAUAGUUUUCUUUGUUCAUCACCACCACCAAGUUCAGGGCUCGCUGGUGGACCAACUACAGGUUUCAAUUCUUCAACAAGUUCUGCACCAGGUGUCCAACAAUCACUUACUUACCAAACCUUGGCUACUGUUCCUGACCUUUCUAAUCUACCCACAUCAACAAUUGCCAUUUUACCAUCAAGUCUUCCAUCUAUCCAUCGUGCGUACAUGAGUGAGUCCCAACCAGAUAACCCAGCAAUCUCGCAAGCAAUGGCUCAACCGCCGGCCAAGAAAUCCAAAACAAGAUGGCAUUUCGGUAUUAGAUCAAGAUCGUACCCAUUGGAUGUGAUGGGUGAGAUAUACCGCGCCUUGCAAAAUCUCGGUGCCGAGUGGGCCAAACCGGCAGAAGAAGAACUAUGGACCAUCAAGGUCCGUUGGAAGUAUGAUGUCAAGAAUGGCGCUGGUUCUUCAGCACCUAGUGUGAUGAAGAUGCAGAUCCAGUUGUUCCAAUUGGAGCCAAAUAACUAUUUGGUGGAUUUCAAGUUUGACGGAUGGGAGUUGCCUGAAGGUAAAGAGGAUAAGAAAAACGAGACAGGAAACAAGAGUAGCAGUAGUAAUGGACAGGCACUGGAGUUGCUGGAUGAAGUGGGUAGUUUUAGUGCAUACCCAUUUUUACACUUGGCCACUCGUUUAAUCAUGGAAUUAGCAGUCAAUAGUCAGAAUAGUUAA